CGUUUAAACGCUAUUCUGCGCAGAGAGAGAGAGAGAGAGAGAGAGAACGGUUUCCAAGGGGCAUAAAAGAACAGCCAUGUGUAGAAACCUAGGGUUUCAUCGUUCAAUCACCAAGUCCCAUGAGCAUCAUAGAUCUUCAGUAUUAUUGGAUGGAUCUCAGUACAUACAAGAGUUAAAGAGAAAGCUUGAAAAAUUAGGUCAAGCAGUGCUGGAUAAAGCACAUGACAUGAUUGAUUUCGAUCCGAUGCCUAUGAAGGUAACAGUGGAAGAACAAGAGAAGGGUUUUCUGAUCAGAGUGUUGAGUCGAAGAAGCUGCCAUGGAUUGCUGACUUUCAUAUUGGAAGCUUUUGAAGAACUGGGCCUCGAUGUUCUGUCAGCCAGGGCUACUUGUGUGGAUGGCUUUUGUUUAGAAGCACUUGGAGUCAAAGACGAGGAUGAAGAAGCAGCUUGUGAUGAUAUCAUGGACGAACAAGUAGUUCAACGAACUGUGUUUCGAGCUAUUCAGAACUGGAGACAACUUAGAACCAAUGAUCCGGCUUCGAGCUAGCUAGCUUGCCCUAGCUUAUGAUAAUUAAAUUUGUAAUCUGUUUCAUUAAUUUCAAUUUCGUUCUCUCGGUUUUUUAUUUUCAUAGACUUCAACUGUCUUCGAUUCAGAUAUAUAGCUUUUUCGAGAUAGUUACGAAAUGGAUGUAGCACAUAUGGUAUUCCAAAGUUUGAUUCUUAGAUAUGUGAAUGGAGAACAUUG